AUGGCGGGAUGGGCAUCCAAGAAACCAAGGUUGAUGUCGAACGAGAUUAAAGAUGCUAACUCUCUGCUUUCUCAGAAAUCCAGCUUCGAGUUCAUGCAUAACUGCGAUCUUCCUCCGCCGUCGAAGAUCUUCUCGUGGUCGGAGAAGACGGUGGUUAUGUCGUCCAUGAACAGGAUUUGCAGCAUCGAGGGACGCGAAGAUGAAGGGUACGAGGUUGAUGUAUGCAAGGAGGGGAGGAAUGAGAAGUUGGAGGUUUUGAAGGCAUUGAGAUUGUCGCAGACGCGUGCGAGGGAGGCGGAGAGGAAGGUGGAGAGAUUGGGGAAGGAGAGGGAUUGUAUGUCCAAGGCUUUGUUGGAGGAGUCUUUGAGGUCGUUGGCAUAUCGGCAAUGGGUUAAGUCGUUGGAGAUUCAGGUGCGCGUGUUGCAGAAAAAGUGGGAGAGAUGGGAGGAGAAGCAUUCUUGUUAUGGGUGCUGUGAGAAAUCAAUGGAGGGAGAAGAUGGUGGAGGAGGAGGGGUAGGUUGGUUUGUGGCUUUAGCACUUUGUUUGGGAAUAGCAUUUGGUUGUAGAUACAUUUUUUGA